AUGCUGUGCAAGAAACAAGCGCUAAGUAUGCCAGUCAAAGCCGCUGUUCGUAUGAAUUCCACCGCUGCCCCCGCCGGUUACAAGGAGGACCUGGUUCUCGGUAAGACAUACCGCUUCCAAAACUCGCUACCGAAGUUACCCGUGCCUACCUUGCAGGAGACCGCAAAGCGCUACCUCCGCACUGUCAAACCUUUUGUCAUUGAUGAGACGUACGCUCGCACCGAGAAGCUUGUCCAGGAGUUCAUUGCGCCCGGAGGCCAGGGUGAAGUUCUCCAGAAGCGUUUGGAGGCCCGUGCCGCCGACCCCAAUGUAAAGAAUUGGCUAUAUGAAUUUUGGAAUGAGGCAGCCUACAUGGCUUACCGUGACCCCGUCGUGCCUUACGUCUCUUACUUUUACUCCUACAAGGACGAUCCCCGGUUCACUCAGCCAGCCAAACGCGCUGCUGCCAUCAUCACCGCAGCCCUGAAAUUCAAGGGUCUGCUCGAUACCAAGACUUUGGAGCCUGACUACAUGCGCAAGGCCCCAAUUGAUAUGGAGCUUUUCCGCUACCUGUUCCACAACUGCCGUGUUCCUGAGCCCAAGGUUGACGGUAACCUCGAGUACCCCGUUUCCGGCAAUGAGUACUUUGUUGUUGCUCGCCGCAACCGCUUCUACAAGGUUCCUUAUCUGACCCCCGAGGGCCGUCAGCUCUCUACUGCCGAGUUUGAGAGCCAGCUGCUCAAGAUCUACAACGAUGCCGAUCUCAAGGGCACUGGCCCCAACGUCGGUGCCUUGACCAGCGAGAAUCGUGAUGUUUGGUACGACAUGCGUCGCGAUCUGCUCGCAGACGCUACUAAUGCUGCUUCACUCGAGACAAUCCAGGCCUCUGCUUUCGUGGUCUGCCUCGAUUUCGCUUACCCCCUCGAGAACGUUGAGCGUACUUAUCAGUACUGGCACGGCAAUUGCCAGAACCGCUUCUACGACAAGCCUGUUCAGUUCGUCAUUAAUGACAACGGCACUGCCGGUUUCAUGGGCGAGCACUCUAUGAUGGAUGGCACCCAGACGCACCGCCUGAACGACUAUGUCUGCGACGAGAUCUUCAACAACAAGGUCGAGUUGACAACCGAGCUUUCCUUCAAUGCCCCCGCUGAGGAGAUUGUUUUCAACGUCUCCGACAAGAUCGCUGGCCACGUUGCUCGCGCCGAGAGGGACUUCUGGAACGAGAUCGACCAGCACGAGGUCGCGGUCUGGGUGUUCAACAACUACGGCAAGAACCUUAUCAAGCAGUUCAAGUGCUCUCCUGAUGCUUACCUCCAAAUGCUGCUUCAGCUUGCUUACUUCCGCAUGAACGGCGUUGUCCGCCCUGUUUAUGAGUCUGCUGCUACCCGCAAGUUCGCUCAGGGCCGCACCGAAACCUGCCGCUCUGUCUCCAUUGAGAGUGCCGACUUUGCCCGCUCUUUCUGGGACGCUAACGUCUCUGACGCUGAAAAGGUCAAGAAGUUCCGUCUCGCCGUCGACCAGCAGGUCAAGUACAUUGCCGAUGCCUCUGAGGGCCGAGGUGUCGACCGUCAUAUGUUCGGUCUGAAAAAGAUGCUCCAGGAGGGCGAGCAGAUGCCCGGCAUUUUCCAGGACCCCGUCUUCGCUUACUCCGGUACCUGGUACAUCUCCUCCUCCCAGUUGUCUUCUGAGUACUUCAAUGGCUACGGCUGGUCUGAGGUUAUUCCUGAGGGUUUCGGAUGUGCCUACAUGAUUAACGCAAACAAUUUGCAGGUCAACAUCUGCUCUAAGAAGAUGGGCUCUCACAAGUUCCAGUCCUACCUCGAAGAGGCUGCCAACGAACUCGCUAAACUCCUCAGCGCCGAGACUGGCACCAAGGCCAAGCUCUAA